GAGAGAGAGAGAGACGUGGCUCACUGAAAGCUGGAGCGUUUCCAUCUCGGCUAUUUUUUGCCUCUCCUGCUCUCCCACCUACCCAAGCGAUGAAUUACACCGCGCACGCUCACCGCUUCAUGCCGGCUUCUUCUUCCUCUAUAGCGGACUAACAGUCUCCGGAGUCUUCUACACCUCCUCAUUCUCCUCCGGAGUGUCCUUGUCCUUCUCCUGUCGUCUCUUUAACUUUGACAGUAUCUGAGCAACACCCACGGCUCCAGGCACACAGACAAUGUCUUGAGGGGAAGCGAGGCGGUGAAGAUGACAGAUUACCGUGAGGACGGUAUGGACCUGGCGAGCGACGCUUCGAGCCGCUCGGGCUCCGAGUCCAAUUCAAACUCCAACAAGGUCACACCAUGCUCAGAAUGCAAGUCCUCACCGAGCCUGGAGCUGGCCGCUUUGGACGACUAUGACGAAGAAGACGAGGAGUUCCAGCAGUACAAGAAGCGUGUCAUCCAGGACUGGGAAAGAGAAUACGAUGCUGACAACCAGAAUAGCCAAGACAGAACCUUGCGGAAGGCAGUAAACGACCGCAGUCUCGCCGAGGAACUCCAGGAAGUCAAGAGUUCCCCGGUCAUUGCGUCCGAGGAACUCAAGCAGAACGGCAACCUGAUCCUGCCCAGGAAAGCCCAGGCCAAAGCUAUUCCCAAGAGCCCUGGCACAGGUGUCGGUGGUGGUGAAGGGGGACUGGGAGUCGGAGGUAUGGGGUUUGAGGGGUGCUAUCGACUCGGGGGUAACAGAGAGGACAGUGUGGUGGAGGAGAGCCAGCUUCCCACAAUGGACUGGGCGGCACUCGAGAGGCACUUGGCUGGUUUGCAGUUCAGGGAGCAGCAGGAGAACCACAACAGAAACCUGGGAAGGACCAACUCCAUGAACGCCCAAAAAAAUGAGCGAGAAUCCAUCAGACAGAAGCUGGCACUGGGGAGCUUCUUCGACGAUGGACCCGGAAUUUAUACCAGCUGCAGCAAGAGUGGCAAGCCCAGCCUGUCCUCAAGAUUACAGAGUGGAAUGAACCUGCAAAUCUGUUUUGUCAAUGAUAGUGGAAGUGACAAAGACAGUGAUGCAGAUGACAGCAAGACAGAGACCAGUCUGGACACACCACUGUCCCCUAUGAGCAAACAGAGUUCAUCGUAUUCAGACAGGGACACCACAGAAGAAGACUCUGAGUCUCUGGAGGACAUGGACUUCCUGAGCAGACAGAAGAAGCUGCAGGCUGAAGCCAAACUAGCACUAGCAAUGGCUAAACCCAUGGCCAAGAUGCAGGUGGAGGUGGAGAAACAAAACCGCAAGAAGUCACCAGUGGCAGAUCUGCUUCCCCACAUGCCCCACAUCAAUGAGUGUCUGAUGAAGAGAAGCCUAAAGCCAACAGAUCUGCGAGACAUGACCUUGGGUCAGCUACAGGUCAUCGUCAAUGACCUCCACUCACAGAUUGAGAGUCUGAACGAGGAGCUGGUGCAGCUGCUGCUGAUCAGAGAUGAGCUUCACAUGGAGCAGGAUGCUAUGCUAGUGGACAUUGAAGAUCUAACUAGGCAUGCUGAAAGCCAGCAAAAGCACAUGGCUGAAAAGACGCUUUCCAAAUAAACCCCGCUGUCAUUAUCCCCAAAACCUUCCACCAUCACGGCUUUGAAAAAGAGAAGAGCCACUUUCCUUUGCUUCUGUGGAUGUACAAAUACAAAUGACGGAGCACUUCCUGAACGCAUAAAAACUCGAGUGUGUCUCAGAUACUGUUCCUGGCUUUCUGUGCAGUGAUUGGCCUUGCUUCUUAAUAGUCCUUCAUUUUAACUUUUAUUUUUUUUAUUUUUUUUAUUUUUUUUUUUUAUACAUUUGCCAGCCAAUUACUGUAUAUCUGUGAAAUCACCCAAAAAAAUUUAAAAGUAAAAAAGAUAUAGUAAGAAAAUCGUUAGGAAGUCCGACUUAAAAAGCUAAAAAAAAAAAAAAAAAAAGACCUCACUGUAUAAAGUAAACAUAAAACGAAACUGCUGACGGUUUUAAGUUGGACGGUAUUAUUUUUUUUUCCGGCCUGUUUUAAUUCUGCACAAACGGUAGUUUUGGACUGAAACUUUUGAUUUGAAGGUGCUAAACGUCUAAAAGGAAACAUGCCUGCCUUGUAGUCGAGUCGUAGCUUUUGGUAAAAAUGUUCACACUGAUCGGUAUUCAACAUUUUGUGAAUGUUGAUCCUCGGACACGACGAGUCGUUUUAAAUGAGUGUGUUGAUAUCAUUUACAUCCUAUUGUAUUCAGAUUCUUUAUUUGAGGGAAGAAAUGUUUAUGUACAAAUAUGUAAAAUAAAAAAAUAAAAAACUUUGUUUCAUAUA